AAAAAAUAAUUACAAACUAAGUAGACCUUGAAUGUUUGCAUAAAUUUUGCAUUUUUUAUUAUGUACUGGUUUAUAUCUAUUCAUUGUAUUACUAGAAUAUGUUAACAUUUUUAAGGUUAGAAGUUGACUGAAGUUGAUAACGCUCGUAACUGAUCUUAGUCAUCAUUUGUGGUUUCCCGACAACAAUGUAGACAAAAAUAUAGUUUAAAAAAUUAAAAUUGCCUCAAGAAACUUUUAUUGAUAUUUAAAACAAUAUUGACGAUAUUCUAUCAAAACAAUUUUGCAAUUAUUUACGUAAUACGUAAUGUAAUUUUUCAGUGUACGAUUUUUAUAACAGACUGUACUUAAUAUUAUGACCACUUGUCAAAGAAAGUUUUUGUACUAAUUUUUGAAGCAUAUGCUAACCUCCGCAAAAAAAAUAUGCGCAAUUAUUUACACGAAAAGACAGUGAAGGAUGUAAUAUUUAAUAUAAAAAUUUCGUGACAUAUUUUAAAUGUCGACGAAAAAAUGUGUUCUAUUUUUAUUCUCAUGGUGUGGAUUGUUCUCUCGUCAGAGGGUUCACUUAUUAACAACGACUUUUGUGAAUAUAAAUGCAGAUUGAAGAAUACUAAUGAAACAAUUGUCAAUAUCCAUAAAGCAAAUGGGAAUUUAUGCAGUUUAGAUAAUAUUCCAAACAAUGUUAUAAUGACAGUUAUGGAAACAGCUGAAGGUGUUUCAUCCGAUGGUAUCGUAAGAGUCAAUUUUAAUCCUCCCAAAGAAGAAUGUCAUUAUAAAGUUGCUCUUGUUGUGAAUCCAUUGAUUAAAAAUUCUGAAGAAUGUGAAAAACAUGUAUUUCAUGCAAAAGGAAUUGACGCAGAAGAAAUUCACACUGCUGAAAAGUCGUAUUGCAUUUUAAAUAAUCAUUUAAAUAAAAGUCAAGAAUUACAAAUUCCUUAUUGUCAGGAUCAAAAACUAGCUAUGUGGUAUGAAAACAUUUUCACUGGAUGUUAUGCAUUACGAUUUAGAAUCAGUGAAAAUGAAUUUGUCUUUAGAGGGCAAAUAUUUAUGGAAACCGAUCAUUUACAUUCUUCAAUCAAUGCACCAGAAUUUCAUUGUAAAUACACCUCUGUUCCGAGUGAUAAUCACAGUUUCGAAAAGUUGACAUUUUCCACUAGCACAUCGAAUGUUGUCCAUUUUGCGGGAUUACAACAGCAAAUUGCUGUCCUGUCACCAUUGGAUCGUGAUCAGAAAAAUUCUUGUGUCAAAUUUAAUAAACAUACUAUUUUUUCACACACAAUUUAUACUGACAAAAUAAAUGCAACGUCUAAUAAUUGCACUUUAACAAUUGCUGAAAAAGGUUUGGGACAAAAUGUUGAGUGUAAUUUUGAUGUUGAAAGUUCUAAGAAUACAAGAUUUUGUUUUGUGAUACAUUUUCUUGAUGAUAGAUGUAAAAGGGCAACAAGAUGGAAUCCUCCCAUAAAAGGUUAUCUUCCAUGUACAUGGGUUCAAACUUGUACGAAAAUUGAAACAAAUCCUUUACUCGUUAUUCACGGUGGAAAUAUGCAGGAUCAAGAAAAAAUUGCUUCCACCCAACUUUUAUGUCUUCCAUUUAUUAUUAUUGCAUUUUUAAUUUUUUUAACAAUAAUUGGAAGUAUAUAUUGCAUACACAGAUUACGUUCAAAGAAUACUAAAUGCAAUUCAAGUACAUGUUCUAUAGAUUUAAAGGAAGAAGACGAUUCUAAGUAUUUUGAAACUGAUGAAUUUCGUUAUGAAGUCGAUAUAAAGAGAAAAGAAAAAGAAAAUGAUAUUAUUAUCAUUUAUGUUAAGGGAUCGAAACCAUUCAUGAAGAUGAUGUCGGAUUUUCGAAAUAUUCUUGAACGCUGUUUGAAAUGUCAUGUUUAUGAUUGGUUUGCACCGGAAGAAUGGGACAAUGUUGCCACUGUUGGUGGAUAUGAGUGGGUUGGGAAACUUUUGAAAAAAGAUUGUCGUGUUGUUUGGAUAGAUACGUCUAAGGCAAGAUCAUUAUUCGCUUCACAGUACAAUUUAAUUGAUACCAAUGUUUCGCGAAAUAAGAAAAUCGAGGAGUUUAGUGAUUUUCGUGAUUGCGUAUUUCCAGCAAUUGUAGAUUUAGCUAAACGCAGUUUGAAGCACAUUGUAUUACAAUAUUCGAGGCAUUUUGUUGUCAGGAUCGAAGGAUUUGAAACUCUCGAUGAAGGAAGUGAUCCAUUUUCUGAUCUUUCGCCUCAUGCUCGAUAUAUCAUACCCCAUCAUCUUAGAGAGCUAUGUUCUCAUUUAUCAAUGCCAUUGUCAGUACCGGAAAAACAUGUACAAUUAGAGGAGAGACGAUUGAGACAGCAUUUAGUUUCUGAUGAUGAACUUGAGUCGAAUUUAAUUGCAGUGUAUUUUAAUAAUUCAUCAUGGAUACAACUCAAGAUCAAUUUAUUACAGAUUAAAAUCGAGUUUCACAGAUCAUUCUUAGCACUCAAUAGCAUUUGAUUUAUUGCGAUCUUUGUAAUAUCAUAUCCUUGGAAAACUAGGUGAGAUAAUUUAAAACGCACAUUUAUGCUAUCUAAAUACAACUAGAUCUUUAGAUAAUAAAAUAUAAAUCGAUUAAAUGCAAUAAACUCUGCUUUUUUUAUUUAUUUCCUGUCAUUUAAUUACAUAAGUUUGCUCUACUACACAUAAAAGUCAAAAAGGAGAAAACCUAGAUAUUCAAAUCGAAAAUUCAGAUUUCGAUAUUGAUAUAUUUCACUUAUUUUUUAGGACAAAUUUGAAAUUUAAUGUAUUUCAUAUUCGAAAUUUAAUUUUACGAUUCAAUGAAAAAGAAAGAAA